AUGGAGGCGUUCGUUCGCGAAUAUCCUCAACUGCUCACGCGACGACCGCGUCGUCUUCGCCUGCGGUCUGCAGUUCACGGAGGGGCCCGCGCAGCUGCGGAGCAGAGCCAAGACGGCAGAGGCGAAGAGGCAGCGGCGCCGCCGCUCAUGUUGCUUGUGGCUCGCCAAGAGAGGCGUCGCCCCUCUCGUCUUUUUCCUUUCCAUGCAAAUCCGCCGUCAAUGCUUGUGACCCUCUGCACUCCGCCGUCGCUGCUUCCUCUCGCUGCGUCUUUUUCCCCUCCUGGCUGGCUGCUGGCGGCAGCUGCGCCGGAGCUGUACUCGUCGGAGCCCUCAGGGUACCCAGGGCUUUCUCCGCUUCAACAGCUGCAGGUCUUACAGCAGCAGCACAUGCUGCCUUCCGCCUCGUUCGGCUCCUCUCCAGCUCCUCAGCGCUCGCCUCUCCCUUCGUCUGCGUUUGGCGUCUCUUCGCCUGCCUUGCCCUCUGCUGCGCCGCCGCCUGCUUCGGGGGCGCCCUUCUCCCACGUGACUUCGUCCUAUUCGAAUCACUCGCCUUCCUUCGGCUCCUCCGCCUCAGCUCCUCGCUACGGACACGAAGGGGUGGUGUCUCCCUAUCCGCUGUCUUCAGGAUCUCAGGUGCCUGGGCACACGUUGGGCGCCUCCUCGCCCGCCCCUUUCUCUCCUCAGCAAGCUGCUGCCGGCCUCGCGUACGCGCAGUACCCCGCCGCGCCCGCCGCGCUUCCUCCGUCUGCGCCCCACGCCGAUCCUCCGCCGCAGCAGAUGCAGCCGAGCUACUACUCCCAAGCACCGGGCGCCUCUGCGGCAGCUGCCCACUCCUUUUCCGCCUUCGCCGACCCUUCGGGGCAGCCGAGCGGCGGAGCGUCGACUUUCCCGGUCACGGCGCAGAGCGCCGGAGACGCAGCAGGAGGCGGAGGAAUCGUGUCGGGCUUUCUUUUUUCGCCGGCCGUUUCUUCGUUCUCCGCAGACGAACAGAAAGAACUGCUGCAGCUGUUAAGUGGCGGGGGAGGAGCGGAAGGGGCAGGGGGAAAGUCGGGAGGGCCGGAUGGCCACGGGGUUGGACUGUAUGCGCCCCCCGGGCGCCUGCAGCCCGCUCUGCAGCAGCUCGCGCCGCUUACGCACACCAGGCCCCAGCAGGGACAGUCGGGGUCUCCGCCGCUCGGAUAUGAGCGGGCAUCUAGCGGUUCGCCUGCAGCGGCCGGUCAGAAUUCUCCCGACGCCCACGCAGCUCUUCAGAGAAAUCCGUACGCGCCGUUGUCACAGUUCCCGCGUGCCCCCCCCGCGGGUGACUCCAGGCCCCCUCUCUCGGCGGCCCCUCCGCUAAACUCCCUCCAUCGGCAGCUCCCCCAGUAUCCCUCGCCCCCCCCCUCGCAGUAUCCGUCGCCUCAGCUACAGUAUUCCUCCCCCCAGAUGCAGUAUGCCUCGCGUCAGUCGCAGUAUCCCUAUCCUCAGACGCAGUAUGCCUCUCCUCAGUCUCUGUCUCCACAAAGCAGUCCCUCUGCGCAGCCGCCCCCGUUUCCUGCGGCUCUUGCUGGCUCGCCCUACCCUGCGGCUCCUUCGGCGUCUUCGCCCUCGCCCAAGUCCUUUUCGCUGCCUCCCGCGUUCUCGACGAUUCUGAAAGUCCUGCUCAACGACCUCUCGGAAGGGCGGACGGGCAUGGUGGAAGACGUAGCGGAGAUUCUGCUUCAAAAACUUCCCGAGCAGCAGAGACACCAGGUGUUUGAAGUUCUCACCAAGGCUCUAGCAGCCGCCAAAGCCAAGUCCGAGGCCUCCUCCGGCCUGCCCAGCGACGCGGCGUCCCCAUAUGUAUAUACAUUGCAUCAGGAGAACUCGGGCACGCGAAAUGAGACAGAGGGCGGGUCACCGACCGGAGGACGCUUCACAUACGAGAGCGACAUCGGCCGGUACACGCCCCCUCAGAGCCCCCAACGCCCAUACGUCCAGCGGGAAGGGCAAGCGACGGGGCGACGAGAGACUUACGAGUCCACUUCUGCAGCCGCUUCUCCCUACGCGGGCGGGCACCUGUCUGCUCCCUUCUCUCCCUCCGCGACGAACCCUCCUGCGGGGUCGCCGUUUCCCCCCCCCUUUUCUCCCUCGUCUCCGCCCUCCUUCCGCGAUCGGGCGCCAGGACCCGGUUUCUCGCCAGCGUUUGAGGCUGCCGCCGGGCGAAGUGCCGCUUCUCUGUCCGCGGAGUGUGCGAGCAUCUGCAGCCCCGAGCUCGAAAGGGCGCAGAACGCCGCGCCGUAUGCGGGUCAUGUGUUGUGCGCCUCCGACGGUCUUGCGUAUCCGACCGCGUGUGACUACAAGCGCGCUCGUUGCAUGCGACCCGGCCUCGAAGUUGUGCUGCUCGAUUCGUCGCCUCCACACGCUCCUCCGCCUCCGCCGCCCUCUGCGCCGUCGCAGCCGGCCUCGUCGCCCACCUCUCUCUCGCCUUCUUCUUCUCUCUCUUCUCCUCCGCCUCCUCAGCCUGCUCCAUCUCCGGCCUCCCAUCCUGCUGCUCCCUCUCUGCCCACGCCUCCACCUGCCUCUCCGCCGGGUGCGUCAGGGUCGCCGCGAGACUCGCUUCGACACUGCUUGUCUCUGCCGUCCUGUCAGGGCCAGGUGGACACUCUGUCGCCGCCGUCUGCGUCGUCUGCACUUUCGUCUGUCUCUGUUGAGCAGCCGCCGAGGAACCAGACUUGGGAGCCUCAGUGCGCCUCCGACGGCAACACCUACGCCAACCCUUGCGUGUUUGACGUGGAAGCCUGCGUGCGGCAAGCGACCGGUCAAGCGCCGCUGCUCAAGGUUCACGAGGGCGUCUGCGGCGAGCAUCCAACGCCGCAUCAAGCUCCGCCGGCGGUGCUUCCUUCGUCGCGGCCUCCGCACGGGUUUCAGGGCGAGCUCGCUCAGCGUGAAGCCGAGAAGGGCCUCAAUGACAAGGAGGAAACGCCACAGACGCCUGAACCCCAGGCAAGCGCGACAGAAGAGGGGCAGAGUCAGGAGGCGCAGAAAGCCACGCGUAAAGGCAGCCUCCGAGGCGCGGGCGGAGACAAGGCAGGAGGCCUGGAGGGGUCAAAAAAGCGCCUAGAUGCGCAGAAGGGUGGACGUCUGCCAUCGUCUCCGCCCCAAAGACAGGCAGAUGAUGAGAAGCCAGGUAACAGCCAGACCAACUCCGAGCCCGAGGCAGCGUCGCUCUCAACCAGCCACACCGCUUCGCCUUCUUCGUCUUCCGCUUCGGCGUCACCCCAGGAGUUUUUGGGGUCGCAGAGGAACGCGAGCAAGCACGAAGACGGGAGUGCGGUAGAGAUGCAGACCGUGAGAGAUCGCGGAGAGAAGGUGAGGUCAAGCGCCCUCGCCACAGCGCGAUCCAAGCCCGCAAGAGAAAAACCGAUUCUCAAUGCCCCCCUGCCGACUGAGCCGACACUCGCCUUCCAGGCUCUCCACGGCCAAGCAGGCGCGCAGCCUGAGAACGCCAAGUUUCAGACGCGCUCCGGAGGCGUGUCGCCCUCAGCUCCAUCUCCGUCCUCUUCAUCUCCCUCUUUGUCUCCUCCCUCUUCGUCCCCCGCCGCUGCGUCGGGCAAGCGACUGUCUCCGCCUCCUGCUCCCGCGGGGACUGCUUCCAGGCCGCCGUCGCCGCCGGUGGGUGUCUCGUCGCCUGGCAGCCAGCCAGCGUUCCCUCUGCGCGAGGAGCUGCACGAGGCGGAUCCAGAGGAACGACCGUCUGCAGGCCGAGGCCGCCUCCCUGGAGACACCGAGGGCCAAGCGAGCACCGAAGGCCAGGCGGGCGCGCCCGGCGCGCGCGCGAGUCUGCAGGAGCCGGGGGACGCCAGCGAGGCAGCAGCCCCGGAGACAGAGGAAAGGGGCAACGCGUCCGAGAGAGAAUCGGUAGGCGAAGCCCUGAUCGAGCGCAUCUCCGCCUUGCUGAGGGGCGACCCCGUCCCUGGCGAAGGCGCAGCCCUGCUUGAGGCCGCCAGAGAGGCGGGGGAGCGUGGGCGCGGCGAAGGAGACGAAGACGCAGACGCGCAGGCCGUGGAAACAAAGGUCGAGCAGAAGCUUCAGAAGCUUCGUGACGAGAUGCAUUCGCAUGCGCAGAAAGCCGCCGUCCAGCUCUUGAUGGAAAAACGCGAAGCAGUCCAGCACCUUCAAGAGCUCGAAGACCUGCAACUCGAGCUCCAGCGCGCGCAGCAGGCGCCGGCGUCAUUCGAUCCGAAGAGCUUCUUGGAGACUCUCCACGGGGUUUCGUCGAUUCAAGAGUUCAUGGAGGCGCGCACAAAGGCGAAGCUCGAAGGCCUGCAGAAGCAAGCCGGCAGAAACGGAGAGGAACGACAAGAAACGAAACCUAAGGAGCCCUCUCAGGGCUCAAGCUCUCCCGGUUCGUCCUCAGUCUCGGCGCGCCACCCGGUGCAGUCUACUGUGGCCUCUCUGCCUCCUUCAGGCACUCCUGAUGCGGAUCUGCCGGCUCCUCGAAUGCCCUUCGCAGGCCGCCAGGACGUUCCGGUGCUCUCUGCAGACCCGGGCUCGGCCGCAUCAUCUUUUUCUUUUCUCCCGGGUGUUGCGUAUCCGAAUAUAAGCCGAGAUAGUGGGGUUGUCCACGCAGGUGCGAUGCAGGGCGGAGGACGUUCACCAGGUGUCGCUAGUGCAGGGGAACCCCUGCAGCAUCUGCAGCUACCAGGACUAAGCGGGGGCCUUCUGUCUUACUCGCUGCCUGCUCUGCAGCCGUCGCCUCCUGUCACGUCUCCUCCGCCUGUCUCGCCUCCCCUCGGCGGCCCUCCCUCCUCGUCGGCCUUCAGUGAACCCUUUGGACGGUCGCCGAAGGCCGCUUCGUUUCAUCACGGGGCCGGUCUCGCCGAGGCCGCUGCGCCGUCGGUCCCUCCGUCUUCUGCUUCUCUACCUUCUCCGUUUGCUUCCGCCGCCCAGCCGCCGUUUUCCUUCGUCCCUUCGCCGCCUUCUUCGCCUCCUCUCGGUGUGCCGUCUCCCUACGGAUCGCCCCCUCCUCCGUAUCUGCAGGGCUUUGCUGCCGGCACGCUGCCGUCCUCUCCCCACGCGCUGCCUCCGUCGUUUUCGUUUGCCCCCGGGGCGGCCGCUUACUCUCGUCCGGCUCCCGGGCACCCAGCGCCGGUCGCUUCGGCCUCGCUCUCUUCUCCGCCGGGUCCGUCCCUCCAGCACAAGCCUGCGGCGUUGAGGGAGCGGGCCGCCACGCCUCCUUUUCGGGCCCCUGCACCGCCCGCCUCUGGCCCCAGCCCCGCUGCCCGCGCCUCUGCUUCUCCUUCGGCUUCCGCGCCUGGCGCGACGCCCGCUGCUGCGCCGUCGCUUUCACUCGCGGCUUCGUCGCCAUUUUCAGCCUCCCCGGCUUCUUCGCCUGCGCAGUGCAACUUCAUCUGCCCUUCGGGAGGGCCAGUGGUGUGCGGCACCGACGAGCAGACCUACGCCAACGAGUGCGAGGUGCGAGUGUAUGCGUGCCUGCAGCGAACCGAGUCGCUCAGGGUCCAUCACAAAGGCCCCUGCAGAAAGAAGCACGCGCGCGCGAGAGAGAGCGGAGGCGGAGGGGUGGGCGAGACCCCAACAGCUGAAGAGGAAGGGGAGUCGCGGAGGAGAAAGGACAGCGGGAAGCCGACGAAGGCAGAGACAGAGACAGCAGGGUGGGGGGCAGCCCACGGGCCUGCCGAGGCCGGCGCCACUGAGCACGGGUCCAGAGGCCCGACUGACGCCCUAGUUGGUCUAAACGCGUCAGCCUCGGCGCUCCACGCGCCCUCGCUGUCUCCCUCUGCAUCGGCGCUCCCUCGAGGGGGAGACACAUCCUCGAGGCGGCCGCUGGAGGCUGCAUCGGAUGCAGGGGAGAAGAUUCGUUCUGAGGGGAGAGAGGAGACCGGCGACGGAGGAGGCCGGAUGGCAGAGAAGGACGGAGGCGAGAGAUCCCCGUCAGUGCCUCCUGUUUCUUCUGUGAGCUCUCGCAGAGGCCACGGGUCAAGCGACAGAGAAAGACACCAAGUGGCUUCUGAAGAGGCCUCUGCGGCGCAGACGAAGGGCGGCGGGGUAUUACUCGGCGCAGACGAUGCGCAUGCGUCCACCAUCUCGCUCGCUCUAGCGGGCAUAACGCAGACGAUUCGGCCUUCUCCCUCCACGGGAAGCGGCCGCUUGGUGGCGCCUUUCCGCGAGAAGGCGAGUGAAGACGAAGGCGACACGCGUGCGAGGCACAGCGAAGAAAUCGAAGACGACGGGAUGCACAGCGACCGCGUGGUGGUCAUAAAGCGGAGGCAGCCAGAAGAAGCAGAAGAAAGAGGAGACGCGGAGGGCUCAGGCGCAGGGCGCGCGGAGAGCAGGGCACCUCUGUUGAGGGAAACGAAGGACAAGCAACAGAGAGCGAAAGGCGCCGAAAUCCAGCUGCAGAAUGCGCCAGUCUUGACAGAGACUUUCGCCCGUCAAGGGACUCACGUAGCCGAGAGGGGAGUGGAGAGAGGCGAGCAUCACGGGAAGUCCCCUUUGGGGCGCAGAGGCUCGUCUUCGCUCCAGUCGGCGCCCUUGAGUGGGCAGAGGUCCGCAGAAACCGACGACGCUGAAAAUCACUUCCGACUGAGCAGGGAGGCGGCCUCAGUUCAUGAGCUGAACGACGAGAAGGAGAUGCGAGAAGACGCUGGCCAUGACUCGGCGAAGUCUGGAGACAGAACAGACCGCGAAGCGAAGCCCGUAGAUUACCUUGAGGAUCUCGCACGGCUGAAGGCCAUGAUUGAUUUCGAUAGCUUCGGAGAGGACGAUGAAGACGACACGAAAUCUGAGACGCAAAAGUCCGAGGAACACGAAGACGGGCUAAUCACAGAUGGACCUUACAUCUACACAGAGAGUGAAGAAGCAGGGAAAGAAGACUCGGUAUUUACAUCCCCGAAAGCAGAAAAAGAGCUGCUGCACGGGCAACAAGCGUUUUCGUUGUCUUCGCCUCUCAAUACUUCUUUCUCAACUCUACAAUGGGACGCGAAACCAAAAGGGCAAGCAGGGCUCGGCGCAGCAGCUCGAGAAGGCGAUGUUCAGACACUUGAGAUGCCUGCGACUUCUCCUCCUCAGCCACCCAGUUUCUUCGACUUCUUCAAGUGGUUAUAG